CGGUUCCGUCCCUUGGCUUAUACCCUUACACACUGUUUUGCUCACUCUCUGUGUCCCUUCGCUAUGGCAAUGAGUUUCACUUCAUCUUUUCUUAGUUUGGAGCCAAACCCUAUCAAGUUCACCUGCCGCCCGGCGGCCCCCCUCACCCCUCAUCGUAAUUUUGUAGUUUGCUCCGUUCGCUCUCCAUCCCCGCCGUCUUUGAACUUGGCGGCUGACUCCGCCGCCUUAACUCGGAUCAACUCACUCAGUCAAGUAUCCGGUGUCUUGGGUUGCCAAUGGGGCGAUGAAGGUAAAGGCAAACUCGUCGACAUAUUAUCUCAGCACUUGGAUAUCGUGGCCCGUUGCCAGGGUGGAGCUAAUGCUGGUCACACCAUCUAUAAUUCAGAGGGUAAAAAAUUUGCGCUUCACCUUGUUCCGUCCGGUAUACUUAAUGAGGAUACUCUCUGCGUGAUUGGGAAUGGAGUUGUGGUGCAUUUGCCGGGUUUGUUCAAGGAGAUCGAUGGUUUGGAGUCGAAUGGUGUUUCUUGUAAAGGGAGGAUUUUAGUGUCGGAUCGUGCUCAUUUGUUGUUUGAUUUUCAUCAAGAAGUAGAUGGGCUUAGAGAAGCUGAGCUUGCUAAAUCGUUUAUUGGUACUACUAGAAGAGGAAUUGGACCGUGUUAUUCAAGUAAGGUGAUUCGAAAUGGUAUCAGAGUGUGUGACUUGAGGCACAUGGAUAUUUUUCCACAGAAACUUGAUCUAUUAUUGUCGGAUGCUGCUUCAAGAUUUAAAGGUUUUAACUAUAGUCCUGAUAUGCUUAAGGAAGAAGUGGAGAAAUACAAGCGAUUUGCAGAAAGGUUGGAGCCUUUCAUUGCGGAUACUGUCCAUUUUAUGCAUGAGGCCAUUGCGGAAAAUAAGAAGAUAUUGGUUGAAGGUGGUCAAGCCACUAUGCUGGACAUCGAUUUUGGAACUUAUCCUUUUGUGACUUCAUCAAGUCCAUCAGCCGGUGGUAUCUGUUCUGGUCUUGGUAUUUCUCCAAGGGUUGUCGGCGAUUUAAUUGGAGUGGUCAAAGCAUAUACUACAAGGGUCGGUUCUGGUCCUUUUCCCACCGAAAUCUUGGGUCAAGGGGGUGAUUUGCUUAGAUUUGCUGGGCAAGAGUUUGGAACCACCACAGGCCGUCCUCGACGUUGUGGUUGGCUGGACAUAGUUGCGCUAAAGUUCUCCUGUCAGAUUAAUGGAUUUUCUUCGCUGAAUUUGACAAAGCUUGAUGUCUUGUCGGAUCUUCCUGAAAUUCAGUUGGGGGUUGUCUACAAAAAUGCAGAUGGCACACCAAUUAAAUCGUUCCCAGCUGAUCUUCGUCAGCUUGAGCAAUUGAAGGUUGAAUAUGAAGUCUUACCUGGAUGGAAGAGUGACAUAUCUUCUGUUAGAAAUUAUGCAGACCUUCCAAAGGCUGCUCAACAAUAUGUGGAGAGGAUAGAAGAACUCGUUGGUGUGCCAGUCCAUUAUAUUGGUGUAGGACCUGGACGUGAUGCUCUCAUAUACAAGUAAUUCAGCUGUUAGUUAUUUAUUCGGAUACUUGUUGAGCUGAGGUAGAGCUUAUUGCUGCAACAUUUUAACCUUAUCACUUUCGGCUAUUUUUUCUGACGGAAAAAACAAUUCCUGAUUAGAUGAAGUGAUUUAGAUAUACCAAGUUUGUUCCGUUUACAUUGAACUAGAUAUUUUCAUAUGUUAAAGCAUGACAAAUUCAGUCUAUUGUUUGUUUAAUCCUACCCUGAGUUAUUAUUCUAGUGCCAAUGAUUUUGUCA